AUGGACGGUGCUGUUGAUUCCGACUUGGAUCAGACUUUCGAGAUUGUAGAGCGAGAUACAGUGCCCGCGCCUCCAUCACAGCAAAACGACUCAUACAAAGAGCGGCUUUCUACCCUGCUGAAAUGGCUCCAGCCAACCGACUUUCUCUCUCCAGGGAGCGAAUUCAUGAAGCAUUUGCACUCAUAUGUGCCUGGAACUGGUGAUUGGAUUCACAAGUCGCCCGUAUUCUGCGCCUGGGCCAAUUCUGAUUCCAAUACCAACUCCAGCUCUGGCCAUGAUCACAAUGGUAGCUCAUGUCUCCACGUCCGGGGAUUGGCUGGUACUGGAAAAUCAGUCUUUUCGGCUUCCACAGUGCGCCAGUUGCAAGAGUCUGGCAGCAUUGUCCUCUUCUUCUUCUUUCGCCAGAUUGUCGACAAGAACCACAGCGCCAACUAUCUCAUACGUGACUUUGCCGCGCAGCUGCUUCCCCAUUGCCCUGCCCUGGUGACCACCUUGACAACUAUAUCGCAGGAUCAUGCCAUCAGUGGCAGUGAAAGCAGCCUGAUAUGGCCUGUUCUCAUUGAGGCGCUCACCAUGGGCCUCACAAAGAAUGUGUACUGCGUGGUGGACGCUUUAGAUGAGAUGGACGACGGAGAUUUUGAGGGCAUGACUCAUCGCCUCGUUGAGCUGGGCACCGUUGCACCCGGUAAAGUCAGGGUUAUGAUGACGAGCAGGCCACUGCCAAAGAUUGAACAGGCGUUGAGCAACUCGAGAAUAGCGAAGCUGAAGCUUGACCCUGCCCUCCUUUACCCAGACGUGGCGCGUUAUGUCGACGCCAGAAUGGCCACGCUGGACCCUCCAUUAAGCAACGACAAGAAUGAGCUGGUGAAGCAGACCAUCUGUGAGCGAGCCAAGGGGCUCUUUCUUCACGCCAGACUCAUUGCAGAUAACUUGGCUGAAGGCUUGCGGGACAAGCACAUCACCGAAGAGACUCUGCCCGACAGUCUAGAUCGCCUGCCACGAACGCUUCAAGAUGUAUACGAAGGCAUGUUGAAAGAGCAUGCUCACCGCAGCGGAGUCACAGCAGAGCAACAAGCCAAGGUCCUCAUGUGUGUAACGCAUGCGAGUCGACCCUUGCGGUUAAUUGAACUUGGAUCGCUGCUCUCCAACAUGCUACACAUCAGCCUCGGACAAGGAAAGGACUUGGUGCGGCAAAGUUGCGGCAGGUUAUUGGAACUCCUGGAAGAUGAGAGCGUGAGCGUCAUCCACCACUCAUUUACCGAGUUUCUGCACGAUGCCACGAGAAAGGCAAACGCCGACGCUUUCCCCGUUCUCGAUGACACAACUUCGCAUGAGAUGCUCAGCGUGCUCUUAUUGGAGUUUCUCGAUGGCUGUCCGCAUUUCGACGUCACACUUGAUGACCACAGAGAGGUAAACUACGACGAGCACAAUUGGCGAAGAACAGAGAGAAAAAGAAGGGAUGACCUCGUUACCAACUUGCGAAUAACACGCCCCUUAGUCUCUUACGCCGCUGAAAAUCUCGCUUUUCACCUUAAGAAGGCAUCGGCACAGCCGCCCAAUGCUGUCCGAGAGGCCUUGACUCGCUAUUUGUGCCCUGAGAAGCCAGCAUUCGAGACGCUGAUACUGAUGAAUUGGGAAGGGCGACUAUCUGCCUCUUUCAACGUUUUCCACCUUGCUACUGCUGUGAAACCCCCUCUUGCCAUGCCACUGAAGUACUUGAAAAGGUAUUCAGAAGAGGAAGCCGAGAGUCGGAGACAGACCGCCUUGUCGUUUGCGUUCAGGGGCGAUAACCCCGGGGUUAUCCAGGCAUUCAUGCCCUUCAUUCCGCUAACUGAAGUCAACAAAUGCUUCCAUCAGGUCGAUAACGUGGAAAAUAUUGAGGCCAUCUUAAACACGGGCAAAGUCGAUAUCGGCUGUUUCCAGGAUGGGAAAACAAGGCUGUUUAGGGCAGCUGAGCGCCACAACCUGGACUUGAUAAAGCUGUUACUUAAGCACGGGGCUGAUCCGAAUGGAAGAAGCGCCCGCGAGAGUUUAUAUACCUACGGUCAAAUAUCCCUGCAAGUUGACAACGAACAAGGACCAACGCCUCUUCAUGCGUUUUGCUCUCCCGACGAAAGAUGCGUCCUCAUGAAGGAGGACGUGAACAAGGCGGAGGAAUGUGUCCGAGUUCUUGUAGCGGCUGGAGCAGACGUCAAUGCCACAAUAAGGUGGAAGCGUUCUGUCAGUGGCCAGGAUUUGACACCUCUCCAUCUUGCUGUGCUCAAGACUGACACAGCCUUUGGAUAUUGGGGCUCAUUGGACAAGUCUGAAGAGAUUCUGACCCGCGCGCUCCUUUUGCAGGGAGCCGAUCCCAACGCCCGGACAGAUAGAGGAGAGACACCCAUGCAUCUCGCCAAUCCGGAGAAGUCUCAGCUGCUUGAUUUGCUGGUUGAAUUUGAGGCGGAUAUAAACGCCGUGAAUGAUGUGGGAAGAACGCCUUUGCUCGCGAUUAUUGACAAAAUGGGCCAUUCAUUCGCUUCAUUCUCUCUUUUCAAAUUGAAAGCAGACGCCUUGACAUUCCAAAAAUUCCUGGAUCUCGGGGCUGACGUGCACGCUACCGACAAGAACGGAGACAAUGUAUUCCAUCACAUUAUGCAUAGCAUCGAAUUCUUUUCUGAUGCCAAGGUUUUCCCUUUUAUUCAGCAGCUUUUGGACGCCGGCGUGGAUCUAAAUCAACGCAAUGGAAAAGGCCAUCCGCCCGUGUGGAAGUAUAGGCAAUGCGAUCGCACAGACGGUGGAAAUCGUACGGACAGUGACGAGGAGCUUCUUCGGAUGCUCGUCGAAGCGGGCAUGGAUUUAAGCAUACGUGGUUCGAAGACUGGCAAAACAAUUCUGGGAGUCAUUGGUGGUAGAUUCAAAGAGAACAACGUCAUGCAGAUGUUUAUCCGCCUGGGGGCUCAACUAUCCACCGGAGAUGGCAAAAGCCUACUGCAUGAAGCAACGAAAGAUUACAAAAAGGGCGCAGAUUGGUUUCGCUACAUGAUAUCGAUUGGCACAAAGCCAGAUGUCCUCGGCCCUGGAGGGGACACGCUCAUCCACUCGGUUCUUCGCUCAGCUGGAGAUGAGAGCAAAUUCCUUGACAUCAUACAAGUUCUGGUCGAGGCUGGUGUCUCGCCACUCACCAAGAAUAAAAAAGGAGAAACGGCGCUGCAUGUGGUGAAGAGUCUGAGAAUUUUGGAGCGUGUCCUUGAAAGCCCCUUGUUCAAGGAGUUGGACCUCAACCAGCAGGACGCCAAUGGCUUCACCCCCUUACACCACGCCGUAUCCCUUGGAGAAAUUGCUGUAAAGUCUCUUCUUCGCGCCGGAGCUGAUCCUACCGUUCUCGCGGCGGUUGAUCUCUCCCCGCUACAUGUCGCCUGCAGAGAAGGUGCUGCUUCCAUCGUCAGCCUCCUCCUGUCAGAGUACCAAAGUCGAGGCGUGCUUGAGAAGUACGUGAAUCUUCUGGGAGAAGGCAUGGCACCGUUACAUUACGCUUGUCGUUCUGGACGGCCAGAGAGUGUCUGGGAGCUGCUCCGCAAUGGCGCAAACCCCUGGCUGCCAGAUGUAGAUGGCCUCAUGCCGCUCCAUUCCCUAGCCGAGUUUGAUGACUUGGAAGAUUUAUGGCGCCGGCGUCGAAUCCAAGCAACGGACAUCAUCACCAUGCUGCAGCAAGCUGGGGUUGAUCUAAACGUCGAAGCAGUUGUUGAAGAUCACGACGGGAAGACCAAGACCGUAACCCCUAUGGACAUGGCCGUGGAGGAAAGGUGCUGGGAUAUGGUGCGCGCGCUCCUUACACGCGGCGUCAAGGCCCGGGACAGCCAUUUAAAGUCUCCAGAGUUCAUCUUGGCCACAGAUAAACACAAAGCGGCCGAAACAGCUCGCAAUGUCUCAUCUGCAUUACCAAGUCCGCAGCACGGCACCUUGUUGCGGGGCCGAUGGUCAGUCCUCUAUGAGAAGCACCGUCCUCUCAGCGAAGAAAAGCUAUACUACUUGGCAGACGGGCAGGCCAUAUUGGAUAUACAGGCUAAAGUGGGUGAUGAGGGGAAUAGACUUGACCAACUCGACCCGCUGAAGUAUGCUCUGGAAGACGGGGAUUACGACAGUAUCAAGGAGUAUGCAUUGCUGGGUGGCAAUGUGCUUGCACUGGACAGAUAUGAGGAUAACACGCUCCUUCACCUCCUCGUUGAGGGGGGAUAUGCAGACCUCCUCGAGUACUUUGCCGACAAGGUGCAUCUUUUUGAAGCUCAAGACUGGGUCCAGACAGAUGAAGAAAACUGCGGCACCCUUCUUGGCACAGCCUGCGAGCGUGACCUGCCGUCCUUGCACAUUAUACGGCUGCUCGUCGAGAAAAUUGGCGUUGAUGUCAAUGCUGUCUACAACCGUCGAGGAUACUGCUACAAGAUUCGGGGAGGCACCGCAUUGCACAUUCUCGCGGGCGGCAGUCGCUUUUGGCAGAUUGAGGCGCUCGAAUAUCUUGUCUCAAAAGGAGCCAACAUAGAAGCACUCAACAAAGACGGUAUGACGCCGUUGCUGGCGGCCCUGGACCAAAGCUGGCCUGAUGGUCACUGGCGGGAGGAGACGCUAAAGGUUCUCUUGAGACAUGGAGCGAAUGUGAAUGCAACUGUGUGUGAGACGGAGGGAUCGCGUGGAUACACCAGUGGCCUCUCAGCGUUGGAGUUGUCGGAUAGGGGUGAGUUGACAAGGAUGUUGGUUGAGAACGGGGCAGAUACGAGGCGUGUGCCGGGACUCAUCGCCCGCAUGGUGGUGAAAUGGAACGAUGCUUUACAAAUCAGCGUGCUUCUAGAAGCCGGACUGGAUCCAAACGAGUUGCCAAUUCCCAGAAAAGAAGGAGAAGACGUACGCUAUGCACUACACGAGGCAUGCCGUCCAUCAACAACAGCCAGUACCUACUCAGAGGCGGAACUCCAUUCGCGAAAGGAAGCAAUUGCGGGAUUGCUGCUCUCGGCCGGCGCAGAUCCAUUCGCAACGUACCCAGACGGAAGAUGUCUGCUGCAUAGUAUCAUCGACGACCAGGGCCAACUAGACAACCUUCUCCCUCGACUUUCACAAACGGACAUCAACCGCAAAGAGAGCCAGCAUGGGCGCUCACUUUUAGUAUCGGCUUGUGUUCCGACUGUGCGUGUAGGACCAGAAACAUAUGGCAGAGAGCCACCAUGCCCGAGUAUUGUGCCUAGUUCUGUCCUUGGUUUAUUAGGAAAAGGGGCUGACGCCCUUGGUGUUGAUGACGAGGGACGUACACCACUUCAUUGGCUCUGCACGCUUCCUGGGAAAUAUGAUGAGGAGCAACAGAAGGCUUUCAUCUCACUGGUCGAACACGGCCCAGCUGCUGUCAACAUGGCCGACAACCAAGGCUGCAAGCCUCUUCACCUGGCACUGGCGAUGUAUUCAGAUCGCCGCCAGGAAUCUCUCUUUGCUAUCAAGCAUCUAAUAUCCGCAGGCGCCAACGUGAGCGAACCGGAUUCCGUAACGGGCAACUCGAUAUUACACCAGCUUGCACCUCGUCUAGUAGGUCACGCCGAAAGAGCUGCCGAAGCCACAAAACUCUUCCGCGAGAUUUCCACCAGUGUUGAUAUCAAUACCCGCAACAAAAGCAGCGAGACUCCCGUCAUGAGUUUCGCAGCUGCUGGAUGGGAAGGCACACGCGACCCAACUGGAAAAGUCUCUCAUCCAAAAUUUGCCAUUGCCAACGACGUCAACCACGCGAUAGCCCUGAGUAACUUUAUCGAUCUAGGAGCCGAUUUGACGGCCGUGGACGCACGAGGGCAGACGUUGCUCCAUAUAACAGCAAGUCGAGAGAUCCCAACUGACAGCUCCGAUUGGGAUCAACGAGAUGAUGUUAUAAGUGCGUUUGAGAAGUUGAUGGAACUUGGUGUUGAUCCGCGGAGAGAGGAUGCUGAGCUGAGGACGGCGAUUGAUGUUGCUGUUGCGAGGAAUGUGCGUGGCAUUAUGCGGUUGUUUAGAGAAAAGGUGGAGAAGAAGGUGGAAGAGAGCGAUAGUUGA